CAGAGUAGAGACCGUGUGGGCUCUCACUUCCGCUUAUACGACGCCGUAAGACGAAUCUUUGAAAUGUUCCAAUCAGGUUGCCUCUAUAAAUCGCCUCUCUGAACCAUUGCUUUCAAAUAAAGUUUUCAGAUUUGAGCUUACCGACAAAAAAAAUAACUCUGUUUCGAGGAUAUUUAGAGAUAUGGCUGAGGAAGCGCAUAAGGUUACAUUGAAUGUCUACGACCUAAGCAGAGGCUUGGCUCGCCAGCUCUCUGCUUCUCUCUUGGGAAAAGUCAUCGAAGGUGUCUGGCACACGGGAAUAGUUGCGUAUGGGAACGAGUACUUCUUCGGAGGAGGGAUACAGCAUUUACCUGCUGGAACUACCCCAUACGGAGCACCACUACGAAGUGUGGAGAUGGGUGAGACACAUGUUCCUAAAGACGUGUUCGAGAUUUACUUGGAUGAGAUUAGUCCUCGUUACACCGCUGAGUCCUACAACUUGAUUACUCACAACUGCAACAACUUUAGCAACGAGGUGUCUCAGUUUCUUGUUGGUAAAGGCAUCCCAGACUACAUUCUCCAGCUUCCUAGUGAGGUCAUGAACAGCCCCAUGGGUGGUCUUCUAAUGCCUAUGAUACAGAACCUGGAAGCAACUCUGAGAGCCGGCGCUGUCCCCAACGCUCCACAGUUUAAGCCUCAGUCACAACCUGUUGGUCCAAAUCCAUCUGAGAAAGCUUCCGAGUCACCGGUUGUUGUUCAACCUUCGGCUAGUAAAGAGAAGGUGAAAGAGGACCCAUUGGGUGAUGCUAGGACCAAGAUUCAGGAAGAGAUUACUCGUGAGUUUGCUUCUCUCAUGGCACAAGGCACACUGAGAGCAAGUGAAGCAGCUACUAUAGCUACCAAAAGAGUGAUGCAAAAGUAUGGACAUCUCAAUGUAUCUGCUUAGAGUCUAAUAAUAAAACAAGAUUAAACCGUUUAUUA